CCGCAGCAACGUCAUCGGCCUAAGGAUCUCCCUCUUCGACCAUGACAGCAGCUCUUGGCCAGCCGCAUGGUUGACGGCAGCAUGCCAUGACAGCCACAUACGCCCUCUGCUCCUCCGGCGGCUCCGACACAGUCUCCGAGAUCGCUGCAGGUCUUCCGCGGCUUGGAAUACAUUGGCAUACACACUGGGAGUGGGAGUCAUGCUUGGGUCACACGGCUGCGAAAAGACUCGAUGUCAGCCGGACGGCGAGGGCGGCGUGCAGCACAGAUCGUCUUCCUCCAAAUGCUUUGGGCAUCGGAAGGCAAUGAUCUUGGACAGCAACGCGCAACCACCUCUCUCCGGCCAGCGGCACGCUCUCGUUUGUCGUGCCACAUGCCCUCUCCGACACAACAUCACGCAAUGGACGUUUUGGCAACGGUCGCAGUAUCCGUUCUCACCUCGCACCCACACCUCAGUCCUCGCCGACCGCGUCUUCUUUCGGUCGGUUGGACUCCUACAUUCCCGACGACCCUGCGCCACGUCAUGCUUCCGACUGUGGUGGGUGGCACUCUGCAAAUGUGUUGAGACACUGGCAAAGCAAACUGUUCCGACCCUGUGGAGACACCAGCGGUCGCUUCUGAUGCUGCUCGGGUCUUCUACCAACUUUUCAGUGGAAAGGGUGCCCCUGAUGAAUGUUCAACCUGAAUACUGGAAUAUCCAGAUGGCGGAGGAUUGCGAUCAAGGAUACUGACUUUGGAGAUUCACCAUUGGGAAAUUCUUUUCAAGCCAAUCAACUCGGCGCUGAGAGAGGAUAAGACGCUUCAUUAAGUACCUUUGCA